AUGGUUCGCCUUCCUCUCGUCGUCGGUGCCGCUUUCAUGGCCUUGGCGACAGUUACGGCCAGUCCAGUGCCUAUAGACGCUAUCAUUGAUCAGGCUAGGGCUGAAGGAAAGACUGAAGCCGAAAUCCUCACCCACAUCAACGCCCCCCCACACCCCAGCCCUGCCUUCCUCCCCUCUCUCAAUGGCCGUGAUCCCUCCGGCGACGUCCCUCCCGCCCGGAUCCUCAACGACAUGAUCCACCGAAAACGAACCGCUGAGCACGCAUCCGUGGCGAGGACGGUGGUGAGGUUUAUUGGCGAUGUGAUUACGAAGGGGAGGUUGGAAGGCCGGCCAGAUGUGGAUGCGUAUGAGGGGAUGGAGGAGCUGGUGACGAGACCGAGGUGGAGGUUCGGGUGGAGGGGAUGAGGGAUGGACCGGGUAGGAUAACUGGAUUGCAAGGGAAGGCGAUAGUUCGGGUGCAACAGUAGCGGGACGGGAUCGAUUGUCAAUUGUCGUGUUGCUGUCUGGUGGGGAUAGUCGUGUGACUGUGGCGUGCGGGAGAUGAAUGAAUUACGGCCAACAUGGGAUGUCAAAAGGAUGGGGAACAGCGUCUGCUUGUGGCUGAACGCGGUCGAAAGCCCCUAAGACCCUUACUCACUGUCAAACCAUCAAGUGAUGUGAGAGUAUACUUUGCAAGAGAGAAUUUCCC